AUGAAACGACACAUGGACGUGAAUGUACCGUGUAAAGACCUUAACUUUGAGACAGAGGCCACCUGUCCCUAUGGCGUGCUGAACCCCCACGUUAGCGGCAAGCUUGCCUGGGACUUCAUCGUCAUGUUCUUGGUGCUCAUGGAUGCCACUGUCCUACCUUUUCAGCUAACGUUCAAGGGAAACCAGGAUGAGGACUCAUUCGACAUGGCCUGGCUGUGGAUUACCACCCUGGUUUUCGGCAUUGAUGUCGUCAUGUCUUUCAACACAGCGGUGGAAGCCACGGAGAAGGACCUGUACGUGGCACCAGGCAAGCUUAUCACGAGCCGGGCGAUAAUUGCGAAGAAGUACAUCCGAGGGUGGUUUGCCAUCGAUUUUGGAAGCACCGUCCCCUGGUCGCAGAUCGCAGAGGCCAUGACGGCAGGAGAGGGCUCCAGUUCUCAGCUGACGCGGCUGACGAAGGUGGUGAAGUUCGUCCGCCUCCUGCGGCUCAUGCGCAUGCUCCGCCUGGCCAAGCUUGGAGCCAUCUGGGAGCGGAUCGAGGCUCGGAUCGGGUCGAUCUUCUUCGUGCAGUGCGUGGCGCUGAUCCGCGUCCUCCUGGUGGUGAUCGGCAUUUGCCACUGGAAUGCCUGCAUAUUCUGGUUGGUGGGGCUGAAUCGGAAUUUGUUCACGGAACUCAUGAGCGACGAGGCCCAGGCAGAGUACGCUGCAGGGCCACACUGGACGACAGUCUGGCGGAUGACCGAGGCUCAGGCCGACGCCUGGCGAUGGGUGGACCGGCCGCUGUCCGAGUGCUACGCCGCCUGGCAAAGAUUUCAUGAAAUUUAA